UAGAGGAGGAACACAAGAAAAGAAAUAUUCUGAACCAAUGGACUGCAGACACAACAGGGGAUGACCAGAGACUGCGGACAUAGCACAGGAGAUGACCAGAGACUGCAGGACACAGUACAGGAGAUGACCAGAGACUGCGGACACAGUACAGGAGAUGACCAGAGACUGCGGACAGUACAGGAGAUGACCAGAGACUGCGGACACAGUACAGGAGAUGACCAGAGACUGCGGACAUAGUACAGGAGAUGACCAGAGACUGCGGACACAGUACAGGAGAUGACCAGAGACUGCGGACACAGUACAGGAGAUGACCAGAGACUGCGGACACAGUACAGGAGAUGACCAGAGACUGCGGACAUAGUACAGGAGAUGACCAGAG